CACACACACUCUUCCAUUUCCCGCUCCAAGCACAAGCAGCCUCUAAACCCUAAACUCCAACUACAACAUCUCUAGGGUUUCGUCUCGCCGUUUCGGAGCUCCGAAACCUUCUCCCGGAACACAUGCACUCGGCGUUUCCGGAGGGUUUCGCUAUCUCCCAGAGGCCGAGAAUGGCUGCUUUCGGUGCUCUUUCGCUAUGUCCGUAUAGCCCUUUGUGCCGGCCGAACCCUACGAGAAAACGUUCCGUUUCGUGCUCUCUUGGUUCUCAAACUAGCAUAGGUACUGGUGGAUCUAAAUUACCGCGUAAGAGAAUGGGAAGAAAGGAAGGGCCAAAGAAAAGCAUGGAAGACUCGGUUCAGCGCAAGAUGGAAGAAUUUUAUGAAGGGUCUGAUGGUCCACCCCUUCGUGUCCUUCCAAUUGGUGGCCUGGGUGAAAUUGGGAUGAAUUGCAUGCUUGUUGGAAAUUAUGAUCGCUAUAUUCUUAUUGAUGCUGGUGUCAUGUUUCCAGAUGAUGAGCUUGGAGUCCAAAAAAUUAUUCCCGAUACCACAUUUAUCAAAAGAUGGAGUCACAAAAUUGAAGCAGUAGUUAUAACACAUGGUCAUGAAGAUCACAUUGGUGCGUUGCCUUGGGUAAUACCAGCUUUGGAUUCUCGUACGCCAAUAUUUGCGUCUUCCUUCACGAUGGAGCUUAUUAAAAAGCGUCUAAAGGAGAAUGGGAUUUUUCUUCCAUCUAGACUUAAGCUAUUUCGAACGAGGAGGAAGUUUAUGGCUGGUCCAUUUGAAAUAGAGCCUAUCACGGUCACCCAUUCUAUUCCUGAUUGUUGUGGAUUAGUUCUUCGCUGUGCUGAUGGUACGAUUCUUCAUACUGGGGACUGGAAGAUUGACGAAACACCAUUAGACGGUAAAGUUUUUGAUCGUGAAGCUUUGGAGGAACUUUCAAAAGAAGGAGUGACAUUGAUGAUGAGUGACUCAACAAAUAUUCUCUCACCUGGAAGGACAAUUAGUGAAUCUGUAGUGGCAGAUGCAUUGUUGAGGCAAAUUUCAGCAGCUAAAGGAAGGGUUAUUACAACUCAGUUUGCAUCAAAUAUACACCGCCUUGGAAGUAUAAAAGCUGCUGCUGAUUUAACUGGCAGAAAAUUGGUAUUUGUUGGCAUGUCCUUAAGAACAUAUCUGGAUGCAGCUUGGAAGGAUGGAAAGGCACCUAUUGAUCCAUCAACUUUGGUGAAAGUUGAGGAUAUUGAUGCCUACGCUCCAAAGGAUUUGUUAAUUGUCACGACUGGCUCUCAAGCAGAACCACGUGCUGCCCUAAAUCUUGCAUCAUAUGGAAGUAGCCAUUCUCUCAAACUGAGCAAGGAAGAUGUAAUCUUGUACUCAGCUAAGGUAAUCCCUGGCAAUGAAUCUCGAGUGAUGAAAAUGUUAAACCGGUUAUCAGAGAUUGGAUCUUCCAUUGUAAUGGGUAAGAAUGAGGGCCUGCAUACAUCUGGUCAUGCGCAUCGUGGAGAAUUGGAAGAAGUACUUCAAAUUGUGAAGCCACAACAUUUUUUGCCCAUACACGGAGAACUCUUGUUUCUGAAAGAGCAUGAAUUGCUUGGAAGAUCAACUGGUAUCCGACACAGUUGUGUUAUAAAGAAUGGGGAGAUGCUUGGGGUCUCUCAUUUGAGAAACAGAAGAGUUCUUUCUAGUGGUUUCACUUCCCUAGGGAAAGAGAAUUUGCAGUUGAUGUAUAAUGAUGGUGAUAAAGCCUUUGGUACAUCAACAGAACUUUGCAUUGAUGAGAGACAAAGAAUUGCAUCAGAUGGCAUUAUAGUGAUCAGUAUGGAAAUUUUACGCCCUCAAAAUGUAGAUGGCCUGAGUGAAAAUAGCUUGAAAGGGAAGGUAAGAAUCACUACAAGAUGCUUAUGGCUUGACAAAGGGAAGCUCUUAGAUGCACUCCAUAAAGCUGCUCAUGCUGCACUUUCGAGUCUUCCUGUGAAUUGUCCUCUAGCUCACAUGGAAAGAACUGUGGCUGAGGUAUUGAGGAAGAUGGUAAGGAAAUACAGUGGUAAAAGACCUGAAGUCAUUGCCAUUGCUGUGGAGAACCCUUCAGCAGUUCUCACCGAUGAGCUGAAUGAAAGGCUCUCUGGCAAGUCUCAUGUUGGUUUUGGGAUAUCAGCAUUGAGAAAAGUAGUUGAUGGACAUCCAAAAGAAAAUCAGUCCGAUAGGACAAAUGCAGAAGAAGACAUAACCAUUAGACAUUCCGUGAAACCUUCACAACAAAAUUUGGAAGGUGAAGGUACUGAACUCGAAAGAUUACUACCUGAGGAAGACACCACAACUUCAAGUUCCAGCUCUGCAGAAGGACUUUUAUCUGAUUCCGGGGAUUCAGAUGACUUCUGGAAAGCUUUCAUUGCAUCAUCGUCGCAUGUUGACAAAGUGGCAAAAGCUAACAAUGGUUUUGUUGCACGCUCAAAAGAAGUGUUGCAGGUUGAGAAAGAUGGUAUUGAAGGUAGUAAAGAUGAGUCCUUAGAAUUGUCAAAUGCUCAGCCAAUAUCCUCCAAGCCUGUGAAGCGGAAUAAAUGGAAACCUGAGGAGGUGAAGCAGCUAAUUCAUUUGCGUGGGGAAUUAAAUAGCAGAUUCCAAGUUGUGAAGGGGAGAAUGGCCCUCUGGGAAGAGAUAUCUGGAAGCUUGUUGUCUGAUGGGAUCACACGAAGUGCAGGGGAAUGCAAAUCUCGCUGGGCAUCUCUGGUUCAGAAAUACGAGGAGACCAAGAGUGGGAACAAAAGCAAGAAGAGCUGGCCAUAUUUCGAGGAAAUGGACAGAAUUUUGUCUGAUAUUGAUGCAGUGGCAACGAAGUGAUGGCAUAGAAGGAUAAAAACCACUUGCACAAUUUUUUAGAAGACCUUUUAGCAAGAUACUUGUUCUGGUAAAAUCUGGACAGCAACAACCACAAAGAAGAUGUAUCAGAGAAACAUAAUCAUUAUAUCAUGGAUUUAUGGAGUGGGUCUCCAGUGACGAACAUCAACCAACAAGAAGUGAAUUAGUUUUGUAGCGGUAACGCCUCUUUGUAUAUUGAUUGUACGAAUAGAUUAGAAAGGGGAGAGUGGAAUGCUUGAAAUGGGGGAAUUGUUCUUUAUAUUUGUUUUUGAUUUUUCUCUUCACAAACUUUGAAGCUAUUUUGUAGCUCUCGUUGGUUCUUAGCCAUAAUUUUGAGAGUAAGAGAAGUUUCCAAAAAUCGCUUCUUCUUCUCCUACACAAGUUCUUACUGCAA